CCUCGCUUCUGAUCUAAGCGAAAACGAAAAAGGAAACUCUCAUCUCCCUGUCCUGCCCCUUCCCUCACACCAAAAUCAUCCGUUUCUCGUUUCGGAAACCUCAUCUCUUCUCUUCCGACGCCAUUUCUCUCUGCUACGGUUAGGGCUACGGAUUGUUGAUGGGGCAGCAAUCGCUGAUCUACGCGUUCGUCGCUCGAGGCACCGUGAUUCUGGCGGAGUACACGGAAUUCACCGGCAACUUCACCAGUAUAGCCUCUCAGUGCCUCCAAAAGCUGCCGGCGUCCAGCAAUAAGUUCACCUAUAACUGCGAUGGACACACCUUCAACUACCUUGUUGAUAACGGCUUCAGUAUAUCCUCCUUCCGUCUCUUGACUUUUUUUUAUUUCAUUUUCUCGCUCUGAUCUGCAUUUUUUUUCUUCAUUUCCGAUCUGUUUGCGUUUGUUUGAUCGGUUUCUUGCAUGCUGUAGUAUGUAAUUUGAUUAGGCGUCUGUGUAUGAUGGUGGUGGUGAGAAUGAUGAUAAUCUUUCUGCUCAUUUCGGUGAUAGAUUUGGUAAUUAGUAAUGAUCUUAGGUUUGACUUUAUUAAUUAAUUCUUUUCCCCUAUCUAUGAACUUCAUUAGUUAAUCUGAUGGGCUAUUUUCAUUAGAUUUCCAUUUUAUGGUUUGUGCUUGCGGUUAUUGAUGUUUCUGUGGAUGUUGUGUUUACUUCUGAUGUUGUGCUAAAUAUGUUUUGCUUAGCUGCUGUGAGACCAGCCUCUAUAGUUGAGGGAAAGAUAAAUGUUAGUAAUAAUAUUGACAUUCUUACCUCAUUAGGACAAAAUGGUUAGGUAUGGAUAUUUGGCUGAUCAAAGUGCAUUAUGUUGUUUGUUCCUCGUUGUCAAUUCUUGAAGGACGAAUUAAUUUCACCUUGAUGCAUUGUUUCUACGAAAUUGUAACUUAUGCAGGUUCUCCCAUCCAUUUAUGUCAAAUAUUCAAAAUUUUUUAUACUUACAUGUAAGAUACCUUUGAGGAAGAGAACUAGGGAACUAAUUACGAUAAUCAAACUAUAUAUCCCUCUUAUUAUGCUUAGUUUUGUGUGAAUUUGUUGAAUGAUACUAUGGUUUAGGAAAGAACAACAAUUCGAACUUCAUGUUGGAGAUUAAUCUAUAUAUCCCUAUUCUUGUUCUUAGUUUUAAUCAAAAUCUAUGUAACUU